UUUCAGGCCAUUGAAAAAUUUUGCCUCUUCAUCUGAACGAGGUCGCUCUUGCUGGGGAAAAUGGCAAAGAAAGUUGCAGAGAAGCCUGACUCAAGCCUUUCGGCAGCUACUGAUCCGGACACCUUGGCGCGGGUUUACGGCUUCAUCGUCGAAUUUCUGGAGAAAAAUGGGCAAUCCAAGGCCGUAGCCGCAAUUCGGGAUUCUGGCGCCAAAAUAUCGAGUCCCGAAGGGCUCCCCGCACUUUUGGCCCUUCAAAGGCAGAUCCAAGCACUUAGUGAUGCCCCAAAAGACACAAAAAAGACUGGGGAUACCAAAGCAACACCAAAAGUAGAGAAGACAAAAAACCAUAAGCCCACGGCGUCUUCAGGGUCGGAAUCAGAGUCAGAGUCAGAAUCAGAUUCAGAAUCAGAAUCAGAAUCAGAUUCGGAUUCGGAUUCGGAUUCGGAUUCGGGGUCUCGCUCAUCCAACAAAUCCAAAUCGAAGGUACAAACCAUUAAACCUGCUCUAAAGCGAGAUGACGCUUUUGCUACCCCGGCUGUUGCAGCCGUGAAGGCAGAUUCCUCCUCAACCAUCACCUCGGGCACCCCAUCAAAAACCAAGAAAGCUGACAAGCCAACACCCGUGUCAGCGAAAGCAGAGAAGAAGGGUGUUGAUGCAAAGCCCAAGCCAAAGGUCGAAGAAAAGAGUAAUUCGGCUGUAGCCAAGCAGAAAUCUGACCAAAAGGGCGCUGGCUCUAAAACACCUAAAACAAAACCUGUCGAAACGAAGCCAAACGAACGAUCAACAUCGCCCUCGAGUGAGGAUAGCGACUCUCCACCUCUCUCCAGGUCCAAAAAGCCAGUAAAGAAAGAUGUCGAUCCGAAACCCAAGCCAAAGGCCGAAUCAUCCUCUUCCUCCUCAGAGAGCGAUUCAUCCCCGGCCGCGCGGAAAUCUGAUAAGUCUGAUAAGAAGGGCGUUGACACUAAGGCGAAGAUUGUCGAAGUGAAGCCGAAGCCAAGUAAACAAUCGUCAUCAUCUGGGUCAUCCUCAGAUGACGAUAGGGACUCCUCUUUACCUGCGAAGUCUAAAAAGACGGAAGUUGACACAAAGUCCAAGCCAGGAGCUUUGUCAUCCUCGUCAUCCUCGUCAUCCUCCGAAGAGAGUGAUUCACCCUUGCCUGCGCGGAUGUCUGGCGAGUCUGGCAAGAAGGGCAUCGACACUACGCCGGGGACGAAGCCGAAACCAAGCAAACAAUCAUCAAGUGAAGACAGCGAUUCGUCUUCAUCUGCAAACUCUAAGUCUGACAAGAUGGAGGUUGACACGAAGCCGAAGAAAAGGAUAGAACCAUCAUCCUCGUCGUCCGAAGCUUCCUCGGGAGAGGAAAGCGAUUCUCCUGCAUCAACGAAGCUUAAGAAGUCUGACAAAGGGACUGCUGGUACCAAAUCGUCAGUUUCCUCAAAUGGAAACAAGGCUGUCCUGCCUGAACCGCCAAAACCGAAGUCGUCUCCUACGACGCCUGCUGCAAAGGGUAAGGGAUUGUCUUCCUUAUCUUCCGAAUCUCCGGGUGAGGAUAGUGACAGAGAUUCAGUAGCCAAGAAGCCUGGCGUAUCGACUCCUGCCCCAAAGAAAGAGAAACAGGCCAGUAGUUCAUCUUCAUCCUCAUCCUCAGAUGAAGACGAGG